AUGCGUUCUCGGCAGCGCAAUGGGAGGAGAAUCGAAGAGGAGCGGCCCUGGAUCGCUCGCUGCUUUGAUCUACUUACGCCAAGUGGAUUUGCUCUAGCGGUGAGCGAGAUUUGCCGCUGCGUGCCUGGCUCUCUGGUGGUCAUCGCGAUCUGCUGCAACUCUUUCUGCACUACGUCUCGACACACAGCGGGGCGCACAGUGCUGCGGCCACAAGGUAAUUCUGGCUAUGUCUUCGUCGAUGAGGGCAACAAACUUUCAUCACGGGUGGCCGCAAUGCUUUACCUGUGCGCUUGGAAGAAGCUGGUUUGGUUAGUUGAGCAACCAGAUGGCAGCUUUUUGCCACGCAUGCCACGCUGGCAAACUAUUUGGACCAAUAUGGAGGCUUUCAGCGGCAUCUUUUACAUGGGCGCCUUUGGUGGGCCCACGCCCAAACGCCAUCGUGUCUGGUCAAAUUCCAAAAAGCUAGUGGAUGCUUUGAAUGAAAGAGCUGGGCACAUGUCGCGAGAUGAGCAACAAAAACUGGCGAGCUCUACGCAGCUGGUUACUAAAUAUGUUGAUCGGAAUGGGGCCAAGAGAUUUCAAGGGAAAAGGGAUGCCCUUCGUGCGUCUCAGACCUACACCAAACAAUUCGGGAAAUUUCUGACGCGUGUUGCUAUGAGCUUGCACAAUGACAACACCCCUGGACCAAAGCAUCCCUGUGACCUUCCGAAUGACCUCACAGACUUUGAGCUGUUUGAGAAGUUUUGCGUGCAAAGCUCCGGCGAAGGCUUAGACCGAUUGGGGGAUGGCUGGGCCGAUGCUACCUGGCCAAUGUAA